AUAUGUAUUAUUACUAAGUUCUCCACUUAAAACCCAACCAACACGCGACCUUAGUUCCCAUUAACGCGCUCUAUCAUCCUAACAACUUACUCUAGGUACCUGCUACCUACCGUACCUAAUUGGUGAUUUAUGAAUUGCGACCGGUAUUGGGAAAAGCCAAUGAGUGUGCUACAUUGGUAUCAGGACAUCAAUCAGGACAUCAAUCAGUAAAAUACUCCAUAAGCCAACUAUCCAACUUCAUGUCGCCGACCGCCGAAACUCUCGAGAAAGACCUCCGUAAUGGGGUUCGCGCUUUCGUGGCCGAACGCGGAUGGGAACAAGUGACUGUGAAUAACAUCCGACAAUAUGUGGAAGAGCAAAAAGGGUUAGAGCAAGGAUUUUUCAAAGCGCCAGAGUGGAAGGCGCGCAGUAAGAAGAUCAUCGAGGAAUUCGUCGCCAAGCUACAGGCUGAGGAAGAUGAUGCCCCAUCAUCUCCAGCGGCCGAUGUUGAGCCUGAAGCCAAGAAUGGUAUCAAGCGGCAGUCGAGCAACGAGCCCUCCCCUGUACCGAAGCGCCAGAAAAAAGCAUCUCGCGCUGUUUCAUCUAAGAGAGCCAAAGCAAAGAAAGAAGAAUCAGAGUCGGAGCUUAGCGACCUGGAAGACCAAAGCGACUUCGAAGAAGAGCCAAAAAAGGGGACCGACAAAAGUGUCGAGAAAAAGGACGAGUCUGAUUCAGAAUUAAGUGAACUUGAUUCGCCGGAGGAUGAACCCAAGAAGGUGAAGCCCAAGAAGUCUGCUUCGAGUCGGGGGUCCAAAAAGGAAGAGACGGAAUCCGAAUUGAGCGACCUAGAAGUUUCGGAUGAGCCAAGGAAGAAAUCAAAGAGCGCUAAAAAGGCCACGCCUCGGCGCAAGACUAACAAGGUCACAAAAAAAGACGAAGCAACCAGUGAUCUAGAGGACUCUACAGUAGGAAAAAAGCGCAAACGUGCAGCACCUAUAAAGAAGCAAGUUACCAAGCGAACCAAGGCGGAAUCAGACAGCGAAGAAGGCUCAUCUGACAGCAAGGAUGAUGUCGAAACAGUUGCGGAUGAGAAAGCCAAGCCUCAACGUGGGGUAAAUAGUAAGACCGAGUCAAAGGAGGAGGAGGACUCCGGAGAAGGAUCCAAACCUGAUAUUGCAGAUGAUAAGGACAACGGGGAUACUAAGGAGACAAACGCCAAUGACUCAGACUCAAAUUUGUCAUCUGUCAUCGACGACCCGCCCCCCAAGAAGCGCAAGCCAAGAGAACCAAAAGGUGCGGCUAAGCCUAAGCAGCCGAAAGAAUUAUCAGCAGACGAGACGGAGAUCAAGAAACUUCAAGGACAAUUAGUCAAGUGUGGAGUUCGCAAAAUAUGGGGUAUCGAGCUGAAAAAGUAUGGCGACGACAGCAAGGCCAAAAUCAGACAUUUGAAGGGAAUGCUUCGCGAUGUUGGGAUGGAGGGCCGCUUUUCCGAAGCGAAAGCAAAGGAAAUUAAGGAAAGACGAGAACUUAUGGCUGACCUCGAAGCUGUUACGGAGAUGAAUCGGAACUGGGGUAGUGGAGCAGGCGGGCGUGCUUCUAGAAGCAAGGCCACCAAGAAAACAUUACAGGAAGAGUCCAACGACGAGGAUGAUAGCAAUGAUGAAGAGGAUGAGGGCGAGAAAGGGGAAUCUAAGGGGAACUCGCGCGUGUCGAAGCGAAUGGCUGCUUUGGCCUUCCUUGGAAGCGACAGCGAAUCUGAUUAAACGCUCUACGAGGUAAUAAUAACAGGGAUAAGACUGUUCAUAUGGGCUAUGGCACGAAUGGGUUUUAUGAUGAGCCUAAUAACGUUUGUGUAUUUCUACAUGUAACAUGUAAUUACUUGCCCGCAUUCAUCUUCUGAGCUAUGAGGCUAAAAAUGGCAACUGAGCCCAUGAACAAGACAGCAUUGUAAAACUGAUUUUUUUUUGUUAGUUGAGGUAGGUAACCUACUGAUGUGAUGACGACCUAUUCUGACAAAACCGAGGUGUGGUUACUUACAGCUUUGCGCGAAAUCGCCCUCUCUUCGUCAUCCGACCUGGCCUCGAUGAAGAGCCGGCGUAGGUUUGGGAAGUUUGCCUGGGUUUGUUAGUUGAUAGAUAUCGAAGGUGUCGUUUUGACUCCUUACUUAACUUACCAUACGACUAGCUUCAAAUGUGAGAGCAGCAGUAAUAAUUAAAUGGGUCUUUUGAUUAUUUUUUCAAUCCGUAGUCUCAACAUGGGUUUUUACUCGUUUAAGG